AUGGGAAACCAGGAUGGCAAACUGAAGAGGAGCGCAGGUGAUGCCUCCCUUGAAGGAGGGGGAGGUGGUGGCUGUGGCGGGGAGGAUGCUGUUGGGCCCAGGGAUGCUGAAAGCACCAAGAAGGGGAGCGGGGGCAAGAAGGCGCUGGGCAAACAUGGAAAGGGGGGAGGGGGAGGUGGCACCGGAGAGCCUGGCAAGAAGAAGAGCAAGUCGGACUCGAGAGCCUCGGUUUUUUACAACCUGCGGAUCAGGAAGAAUCUAUCUAAAGGAAAGGGGGGUGUCGGUUCGCGGGAAGAUGUGCUGGACUCCCAGGCCCUGCAAACAGGGGAGCUGGACAGCGCUCACUCCUUGGUCACCAAGACCCCUGAUCUCAGCCUGUCUGCUGACGAGGUGGGCCUGUCAGAUACAGAGGGCACGGACCCUUUUGAAGUCACUCGUCCAAGUGCAGCAGGGCCUGCAGGGCUUGGGGUUCAAUCUGCCAUAGAAGGGGAUUUGGAAGCAGCCCCUGGGGCGCAAGAUGGACAAAGGACCAGUUCAGGCUCAGAUACAGACAUCUAUAGCUUUCAUUCGGCCACAGAGCAGGAGGACUUGCUCUCAGACAUUCAGCAGGCAAUUCGACUCCAACAGCAGCAACAGCAGCAGCACCAAGGUGGUGCGGUCAGUUCCAGGGACCCUUCAUCUCCCCCGGGCUCUGCUCCUCUUCAACCUGGGGCCUUCCUUGGCCUGGACCACUUUCUGCUGGGGCCCGUUACUAGGGCUGGGGAAGCACCAGGUAGUCCAGACACGGAGCAAGCUUUAUCUGCCCUCUCUGACCUCCCAGACGGUUUGCCCCCCGAGCUUCCAGUGCAGGAGAAGCCACCGCCGCCUAGCGGCGUGGAUUGGGAGGUCACUGCCCCUGUGGCAACUCUGCUAUCAGCCACAGAGUCCCCUUCUUCCACUGCCUUCCCCUUCCCAGAGCCGGGGUUGGGGGAGACUGCAGCUCUACCCUCUGUUGGGGAAGCAGGAGACACAGAUGAUGAUGAGGAGGAUGCAUUUGAGGAUGCUCCACGGGGUUCUCCUGGGGAGGAGUGGGAUAAGGGCACCAAGGAGACUCCCUCUGAGGUAGGAGAGGAGGAAAGUGAAGUACCAGGGGCAUGCCCAACACCUCCCCAGUUGGACAGCCCUGCCCCCAGUCCUCGCUGCUUCAAGCCUUACCCACUAAUUAAUCCUUGUUACAUCAAGACCACCACUCGGCAACUUAGCUCACCCAACCACUCACCUUCUCAGUCCCCCAGCCAGAGCCCCAGGUUUAUGAGAAGGCUGGAGCCUUCUCUGAGCCGGAGUCAGCGGGCUACCUUGGCCUCAAAUGCCACCCAGGUCAAGAAACACAAGACAAGUGGCAGCAGCCUGGUGGGGGGACUCAGCCGCUCUGCUGACUGGACAGAGGAGGUGGAGAGGAGGGAGCCCAGGGUGGGUGGCUCAGCAGACCUGCUUGAAUGUGGGGCAGCCCAAGAAGGAACUGAUGGAACCCCCCCAACUCUGUCCAGAAAGUCCUCAGGAGUGCAAGCUGCCACUGAUGGCUUCCAGAAUGUAUUCACAGGGCGCACUCUGUUGGAAAAGCUGUUUAGCCAGCAAGAGAACGCACCACCAGAAGAAGCGGAGAAAUUUUGUUCUCGGAUUAUUGCGAUGGGUCUUCUACUUCCUUUCAGCGACUGCUUCAGGGAGCAGUGUAACCAGAGUGCCCAGCAAAGCUCAGCUCCAUUUGAUCAAGAUCAACUUUAUACCUGGGCUGCAGUCAGUCAACCCACACAUUCUCUGGAUUACACAGAAGAGCAGUUUCCAAGGAGAAUCACCCCCAUCUGGCCUCCAGCCAAGCCUCCUGAAGAAGAACAUGGGCCCAAGGAGCCUGCAACAGAGUUUCAAGCUCCCAAUUUGGAAACACAGAAAAAGUGUUCAGAUGCUGUUCAACAGGAAACUUUUGACAUGAAAUCUGAGGAACAUGCAAAUGUAAUUCAGCAGCUGGAACAAACAAUUGAAAAUCUGAGGACCAAAAUAGCUGAACUAGAGAAGCAAUACCCUACCACAGACAUGGACAUUGGAAAACAAGUGGCUGAGAGGGAAAUGGCUGAAGGUGUCUGUCAUGAAGAUCUUCAAUUAAGUGAAGAAGAUAUGAGACAUCAAAGGAUGUUGCAUGUAAAAUCAGUACAGACUUCACCAACAGAGGAGGGCAGUGCAUCUGUAAUGCCUUUUGCUAACACACUGCCACAGCAUCCUGCACUCACUCAGGAGGGUACAAAUGGACAGCCAACUGUGCCAUUGACACCUUCUGGACCUCAAACAAAAUUUUGUUCAGAGAUUUCUUUGAUUGUUUCACCAAGGUUAAUAUCUGUACAGCUUGACGCAAAUCAAUCCAUACAGCGUGUAUCACAGCCUCCACCACCUCCACCGCUCCCAGAUUCUGAUAAUCAAGAAAAGAUUCUCACGCAGCCUCCCCUAACACCUUUUGUAACUGAAUAUGUGACUAGCCAUGAACAUUCCCUUCCCACAUCUUUUGAAAAUAGUCAUGACAUCCCACCUCUACCUCCUUUGCCUGGUACAGAACCUUCCAUCUCCAUGCCUGGAUCAGGCAUGAUGAUUCCUCCCCCACCUCCUCUUCCUGACAUGACAGUGCUACCCACUCCUGUACCUCUACCUGGCUUGAAAAUACCCCCUCCCCCACCUCUGCCUGGUGUAGGGGUUCCCCCUCCUCCUCCACCUUUGCCUGGGGUGGGGAUCCCUUCUCCCCCUCCUCCACCACCUCUUCCUGGAGUGGGGAUCCCUCCUCCCCCGCCUCUGCCUGGAGUGGCGAUCCCUCCUGCCCCUCCUCCCCCUCCUCCCCUUCCUCCACCACCUCUGCCUGGAGUGGGGAUCCCUCCUCCCCCGCCUCUGCCUGGAGUGGGGAUCCCUCCUGCCCCUCCUCCCCCUCCUCCACCACCUCUGCCUGGAGUGGGGAUCCCUCCUCCCCCGCCUCUGCCUGGAGUGGGGAUCCCUCCUGCCCCUCCUCCCCCUCCUCCACCACCUCUGCCUGGAGUGGGGAUCCCUCCUCCCCCGCCUCUGCCUGGAGUGGGGAUCCCUCCUCCCCCGCCUCUGCCUGGAGUGGGGAUCCCUCCUCCCCCGCCUCUGCCUGGUGUAGGGGUCCCCCCUCCUCCUCCGCCUCUGCCUGGUGUAGGAGUUCCCCCUCCUCCACCUCUGCCUGGUGUGGGGGUCCCUCCACCUCCUCCGCCUUUGCCUGGAGUGGGGAUCCCACCCCUUUCGGCACCCCCUCUGCCACCUGGAUCAGGUCCUCCACCUCCACCACAAGCUGGGGGUAGUACAUUGCCAAACUUGCUUCCACAAGUAUGUGGAUUUCUUCCUCCUCCAUUGCCAGCUGGCUUAUUCGGAAUAGGCUUGAAUCAGGACAAAGUGAGUAGGAAACAAGCAAUAGAACCUUGUCGACCAAUGAAGCCUCUUUAUUGGACAAGAAUUCAGCUACACAGUAAAAGAGAUUCUAGCACUUCUCUCAUUUGGGAAAAAAUUGAAGAGCCAUCCAUAGAUUGCCAUGAGUUUGAAGAAUUAUUUUCUAAAACUGCUGUAAAGGAGAGAAAGAAACCUAUUUCUGACACCAUAACAAAGACUAAGACUAAACAAGUUGUAAAGUUAUUAAGCAACAAAAGAUCACAAGCAGUUGGGAUAUUAAUGUCAAGCCUUCAUUUAGAUAUGAAAGACAUACAGCAUGCUGUUGUGAACUUGGAUAACUCUGUGGUUGACCUGGAGACCCUUCAAGCCCUCUAUGAAAAUAGAGCACAGACAGACGAAUUGGAAAAAAUUGAAAAGCAUGGCAGAUCAUGCAAAGAAAAAGAAAACGCCAAGUCUUUGGACAAACCUGAACAGUUCCUUUAUGAACUAUCACUAAUACCCAACUUUUCAGAGAGAGUCUUUUGCAUCCUGUUCCAGUCAACAUUUUCAGAAAGCAUUUGCUCGAUUCGUCGCAAACUUGAACUACUCCAGAAGUUGUGUGAGACAUUGAAAAAUGGGUCAGGGGUUAUGCAGGUUCUAGGUCUGGUUCUUGCCUUUGGUAAUUACAUGAAUGGUGGGAACAAGACUCGGGGACAGGCAGAUGGUUUUGGAUUAGACAUUCUUCCAAAGCUGAAAGAUGUCAAAAGCAGUGACAACAGCCGAAGUCUUUUGUCGUACAUUGUUUCAUAUUAUCUUCGAAAUUUCGAUCAGGAUGCUGGAAAAGAACAAUGUGUUUUUCCACUGCCAGAACCCCAGGACCUCUUUCAGGCCUCUCAGAUGAAGUUUGAAGACUUUCAGAAAGACCUUCGAAAAUUGAAGAAAGAUUUGCGAGCCUGUGAAACUGAAGCAGGAAAAGUUUAUCAGAUGUCCUUAGAGGAGCACAUCCAACCUUUCAAAGAAAGUAUGGAGCAAUUCAUUUUUCAAGCAAAAAUUGACCAAGAAGCUGAGGAGCACUCGUUGACAGCGGCUCAUAAAUGCUUUUUGGAAACUACAGCCUAUUUCUUCAUGAAACCAAAAAUGGGAGAGAAGGAAGUGUCCCCAAAUGUUUUCUUCAGCCUCUGGCAUGAAUUCAGUUCUGACUUUAAAGAUUUCUGGAAAAAAGAGAACAAACUUAUUCUCCAAGAAAGAGUAAAAGAAGCAGAGGAAGUGUGUAGGCAGAAAAAAGAAAAAUCUCUGUAUAAAAUAAAGCCGAAACAUGACUCUGGAAUCAAAGCAAAGAUAAGCAUGAAAAUUUGAUCACCAAAAGUCAGAAUGGAUAUAUCAUUGCCACUAGAUCAACACAGUUCACUGUAUUUGGGGGGGGAAAGGAAACUACAUCAUUGUUUUUUCAUCUUGACCUAAGUCUAGUUUCUGUUUUCUUGACUGAUUCACUGAUCAAUUCCACUGUACUGUGCACAAAUUAAAUAUAAAAGUAA